AUGGGAAAUACUCACGUGGACCUGGUAGUGAUGGUGGACGGCUUUGAAGGUGAAAAAGGAACAGUGGUGGCUGGAAGCCGGGGCUACUUCCUGAAGGGAGUCCUUGUGUUCUUGGAGCAGGCCCUCAUCCAGCUUGCCCUUCAAACCCUUGCCUGCAGGGGCUAUACCCCCAUCUACACCCCUUUCUUCAUGAGAAAAGAGAUGAUGCAAGAAGUAGCACAGCUCAGCCAGUUUGAUGAGGAAUUAUACAAGGUGACUGGCAAAGGCAGUGAAAAAUCUGAUGAUAAUUUAGGGUUAGAGUCGGGAGUUGCUGCCCUGCACCCAGAUGAAUGGCUUCGACCAGAGGACUUGCCCAUCAAGUAUGCUGGCUUCUCUACCUGCUUCAGCCAGGAGGUGGGUCUUGACACCCGUGGCAUCUUCCCGGUCCAUCAAUUUGAGAAGAUCGAGCAAUUUGUCUAUGCCUCACCACAUGACAACAAAUCAUGGGAGAUGUUUGAUGAGAUGAUCAGCACUGCUGAGGAGUUCCAUCAGGCCUUGGGCAUCCCUUAUCAUAUUGUGAAUAUUGUCUCAGGCUCUUUGAACCAUGCUGCUAGUAAGAAGCUUGACCUGGAGGCCUGGUUCCCUGGCUCAGGAGCCUUCCGUGAAUUAGUAUCCUGCUCCAAUUGCACAGAGUAUCAGGCCCGUCGGCUCCACAUCCGCUAUGGGCAGACUAAGAAGAUGAUGGAUAAGAUGGAAUUUGACCUUGCACAGCCCUCUCUCACUUAG